ACCAAGGAACGAUCAACGCCUUCCUUCGUCCACCACCGACGCGCACGGAACGUCAGGAAUGCGCAAACCUGACCGUAGGCAGUUCCGAAUAAAAGAUAGUAAUGUUGCCGCACCGAUGUUUACUAAUCGGUGUCGCCUAACUGUGAGGCUAGGAUGUAUUCUGCGGAUAUCAAUCGCCGCCGCCAAGGAAAUUGAUGACCACUUCCUUCGGGACUAGAUAAAUGCCGGAAGAGCGCUGCGCGUGUUGGUUACGUAGCGCGUAACACUCACCCAGAUUCGCUCGUUAUAUAAUUAAUGCAUUGUUGAAACGUGGAAACUAGUGAACUCGAGAAACGUGUCGGUCUAUUCUUAAUGUUUGGCGUGCAUCAAUGACAGGUGUUGGAGUAUUUGAUUGUUUUGAGUGCACUGAGACACGGGAGAAAUAUAAAUUAAGGAGAGUUGUUUUGUUUGAGAGGUUUUCAGAACCUGAGAGAGAAGCUGAGAACGAACGAGCCACUGUAACGAGUCCACGCACGCGUACACGAGUGAAACGAACCGAACCGAACCGGGCCGGCUUCGGACAGGGACGACGAUACCUCGAGUGAUUCCGGUGGUUUUCGUGCACGCAGAAGAUCACCCCAGGCAGUCGCAAUGGCCACCCUAUCCCUGCGUAUCUCCAUCCCGGAGAAAAACGCCACGAAGACGAUGCAAUUCGACCCGAGCACAUCCGUUUACGACGCUUGCCGUAUUAUCAGAGAGAAGCUCGUCGAAGAGAGUAACAUGGGCCACCCCAAGGACUAUGGACUAUUCCUUGCCGACGAGGACGUGAAGAAAGGUGUCUGGCUGGAGCCAGGCCGGAAUCUCGAUUAUUACAUUCUGAGGAACAGCGAUCUUCUCGAGUACCGGCGCAAACUGCGGACCCUCAGAGUGCGCAUGUUGGAUGGCACGCUGAAGACACUGCUAGUGGAUGAUAGUCAACCCGUCGCCAAUCUCAUGGUAGUAAUUUGCACGAAGAUAGGCAUCACGAAUCAUGACGAGUACUCGCUGGUGCGCGAGCUGGCCGACGAAGAGACCGAGAAUCAGAAGCCGGGCAAUUUCGGCACCCUCACGCUCAAGAGAAAGAAAGAGGAGAAAGGCGAACGGGACGCGAAGAUGGAUCAGCUCAGGAAGAAAUUGAAGACCGACGACGAAGUGAACUGGAUAGAUCCCAGUAAGACGUUGCGGGAGCAAGGAAUAGACGAGUCGGAGACGGUGUUGCUGCGGAGGAAGUUUUUCUUCUCGGAUCAAAAUAUCGACAGCCGGGAUCCCGUGCAAUUAUCUCUUUUAUACGUUCAAGCGAGGGAUGCGAUUCUAGACGGCACGCAUCCAGUUACACAGGAGAAAGCUUGCACUUUCGCCGGAAUACAAUGUCAGAUACAAUUCGGCGACCACAAGGAGGACAAGCACAAACCGGGCUUUCUUGACCUGAAGGAGUUCCUGCCGCAAUCGUACCUGAAGGUGAAGGGUAUCGAAAAGAAGAUCUUUGCGGAGCACAAAAAGCAUGUCAGUCUCUCCGAGCUGGACGCGAAGGUGUUGUAUACGAAAACGGCGAGAUCGUUGAGCACAUACGGCGUCACGUUCUUCCUGGUAAAGGAGAAGAUGAAAGGCAAAAACAAGCUGGUGCCACGUCUGCUCGGCGUCACGAAGGACUCCGUGCUGCGGCUCGACGAGAAGACGAAAGAGAUCCUGAAGACCUGGCCGCUAACCACCGUUCGCCGUUGGGGUGCGUCCCCAAACACGUUUACGCUUGAUUUCGGCGAUUACUCCGAUCAGUACUACAGCGUACAGACCACCGAAGCUGAGCAGAUACUCCAGUUGAUCUCCGGUUACAUCGACAUCAUCCUGAAAAAACAGAAAGCGAAGGAUCACUUCGGUAUCGAAGGCGACGAGGGCUCCACCAUGGUCGAGGACAGCGUGUCGCCUCUUAAAGCGACAUUCAUGCAACACACAACGAGCAACGUCGGUAAAGGAAAUGUAGAAGCCGUGUCAGUCGCCAUACCAGCGGUCAUGAGAGUGGGAGAUGGGGCUCGACCAUAUGAGACUGGGCACAUGGGCGGUGCUCAAUACACGACUGUCAGCGGCCAGGUGAACAUCGCUCACGCUCCACCGAUGGUGCAACAAACCAAGGUCACAUCCGUCCUGUCCGAACCACAACGUGCCUUACUGUCGACGAUCACCGCUGGCCACGAAGUGAUCCACAUCGCCGAGACCGAGCUGUCCUGCAAGGCGUCGCUGCCAGAGUUGGGCACUGAUCCGGCCUCGUUGAAAUGGAUCGAGCAGACGAUCGACACGCACAAGCAGAACGUCGGCUCGCAGAUCGCCGCGAUGAACGCAGCGACCGCGCAGGUGGUCACGCUGACCUCCGGCCCGGCGGACGACGUGGAUCACACCGCGGUGGGCGCGGCGAUCACAACGAUCGCGAACAACCUGCCCGAGAUGACCAAGGGCGUGCGAAUGAUCGCCGCCCUCAUGGAGGACGACACUUCCGGCGACAGGCUACUAGACGCCGCGAGGAAACUUUGCUCGGCGUUCUCCGACCUGCUGAAGGCCACGGAGCCCGAGACCAAAGAGCCUUUCUACAUAACGUCUUCUAUCUACGAAAAAUACCCGAGACAGAACCUGCUGAACGCGGCAUCCCGCGUGGGCGAGGCUUCUCACCAAGUGUUAACAACGAUAGGCGAAGAAAACGAUUUGAACCGUGAAUUGCAAGACAUGCUGCUGGCCCUAGCAAAAGCAGUCGCGAACUCUACCGCAGCAUUAGUGCUUAAAGCGAAGAACAUUGCAGCUACCUGCGAAGAUUCCGCAACACAAAACCGCGUGAUAUCUGCUGCUACUCAAUGUGCCCUGGCAACAUCUCAGCUAGUAGCUUGUGCUAAAGUCGUAGCUCCCACAUUACAAUCACCUGCUUGUCAGACACAACUGAUGAACGCCGUUCGGGAGGUGACAAAAGCAGUCGAAGACUUAGUCGAAGUGUGCAACGAAACGUGCAACGAUGACAAUCUCCUAAAAGAACUGAGUGCAGCGGCAACUGAAGUCAGUAGAACUUUAAACGACCUGUUGAACCAUAUAAAAACAGCGACGAGAGGAGAAAGAGCAAAAGAAACCAUCCAAGAAGGUGCAGUGGAGACUAUACUAGUUGCCACUGACAAGCUGUUUGCCAGUACAGGAGAUGCUGGUGAGAUGGUAAGGCAGGCAAGAGUAGUUGGUCAAGCAACUGCCCAGUUGAUCCAAAGCAUAAAAGGUGAAGCAGAGAGGCAAACCGAUUCAGAACAACAAUGUAGAUUAUUGGCAGCUGCUAAGGUGUUAGCAGACGCAACUGCAAAGAUGGUGGAAGCUGCACGACAAUGCGCCAGCAGCCCCCAUGACGCCAAAAUGCAAGACCAACUGCGCCAAGCUGCAGAGGAGCUUCGGGCAGCGACUACUGCUGCAGCCACCCCAGCAUUAAGAAGGAAAUUGAUCAGCAGGUUAGAAGCUUGCGCCAAGCAAGCCGCUUCCACGGCUACCCAAUGUAUAGCUGCCGCUUCCGGUGUAGCUCAUCACAACACUAACCCGUCAAGUCAAAAAGAGCUAACUGCAGAGUGCCAAACUAUGAUGCAGCAAAUACCACACCUAGUGGCUGGUGUGAAAGGUACUCAAGCACAACCAGACAACUCCACAGCACAGUUGAACUUGAUUGAUGCCUCCGAACAAUUUCUGCAGCCUGGCACUGCUGUAGUUAAAGCUGCCAGAGCAGUUCUUCCAACUGUCACUGAUCAGGCUUCAGCACUUCAAUUGAAUAACACCUCACAGCAUCUGGGUACUUCUUUAACGGAUUUAAGAUCGGCAGUGACUCGUGCUAGGGAAGCUUGUGGUGGAUUGGAGUUGGAUGCUGCUGAGGAAUUGAUUAAUAGUCUGAAGGAUGAGCUGGGUGAAUUUUAUAGGGCAGUCGAGGCUGCGUCUUUGAGACCCUUGCCUGAUGAAACUACAGAGUCUACGGCUCUUAGGUUGGGCGCCACGUCGAAGAAUGUAGGAUUCGCGAUGGCGAGACUUUUGUCCGCUGCUAAGCAAGGGAAUGAGAAUUAUACUGGCAGCGCAGCAAGGGAGACUGCUUCUUUGUUGAAAGAUCUAACAUACGCUGUUCGCGGCGUGGCUGCUACUUCGAAUCAACCUGAGACACAGAAAAAAGUGUUGAUGACCGCAGAUGAUGUUAUAUUGAAGUCCCUGAGACUCGUGAAGGAAUCCAGACGAGCAUUGAAGAGUCCUGAUGAUCCAGUUAAUGAAGCUAAUUUGGCUGCAGUUGCUAAAGAGGUGUCGAAUUCUUUGAACAAGUGCGUUUCUUGCUUACCUGGCCAGAGAGACGUCGACGACGCUAUCAAGAACAUUGAGGACAUGACGCAGGUGCUUGGUAUGAACGAGUUCCCGCAGACCAAUAAGAGUUAUGGACAGCUCCAAAGCGACCUGAACAACGCAGCUGCGAACCUGAACGACGCAUCCUCGAAUGUCGUCUCAUCCGUACGUUCUCCAGUGCAGCUAGCAAGCUCUUCAAGACAGUUCACCAACGCAUUCGGAGACUUGUUAGGUGUCGGAAUGGAAAUGGCCGGCCAAACAACGAUCGACACGCGCAGUCAAAUGGUAGUCUCCUUGAAAAACGUCAGUAUGACAUCCAGCAAGUUAUUAGUGACCGCUAAAUCAGUAGCCGCAGACCCUAGCGCUCCAAACGCGAAGAACCAGCUUUCAGCUGCCGCAAGAGCAGUAACUGAUUCAAUCAAUUAUCUCGUCGAUGUCUGCACUUCUGCUGCACCCGGCCAAAAUGAGUGCGACAACGCAAUCAGAAACAUCCAGUCAAUGCGAUCUCUGCUGGACAACCCGAGUGAGCCAAUAUCUGACGCGUCAUACUUUGAGUGUCUUGAGACAGUCAUGGAAAAAAGUAAGAGUCUAGGUGACGGAAUGACAGGUAUAGCCAACCACGCGAAGAAGUCCGAACAUGAACAGUUCUCGGUAGCAGUGCGAGGAGUGUCCUCGUCGAUCUGUGGGUUAAUCGAAGCGGCAGCUCAGGCUGCUUACUUGGCAGGCGUGAGCGACCCAACUUCAGUCGCGGGUAAACCAGGUCUAGUAGAUCAAGCUCAGUUUUUGAGAGCCGCACAGGCGAUUCACACCGGCUGCCAGAGCCUCGGGAAUCCCACUAGCACCGAGCAACAGGUCCUUUCCGCUGCUACCAUGAUCGCCAAGUACACGAGUGCUCUGUGCAACGCUUGCCGGGAGGCUUCAAAUAAGACUAGCAAUCCUGUUGCGAAGAGACAUUUCGUUCAGUCAGCUAAGGAUGUCGCUAAUUCUACAUCAGCUUUAGUGAAAGAGAUCAAAGCGCUGGAUAAUAAUUAUUCAGAGGCUAACAGAGACAGAUGCGCGGAAGCUACGAAACCACUUCUAGAGGCUGUUGAUAAUCUCUGCACCUUUGCAGGCUCUCCUGAGUUUGCUAGUCAACCCGCUAAGAUAUCCGUCGCCGCCAGAGCCGCACAAGAACCUAUCACCAGUGCGGGGAAGGCUAUUAUAGAUGGUUCUUGUGCGAUGGUCAGAGCUGCCAAGAGUUUAGCUGUCAGCCCUAAGGAUCCUCCGACCUGGCAGCUGCUGGCCAAUCAUAGCAAGAGCGUUAGCGACUCUAUUAAGUCUUUGGUAGCAUCUAUUAGAGAUAAAGCACCUGGACAGAAGGAAUGUGACGCAGCGAUCGAGAAACUGUCUGCCAGGAUCAGAGAAUUGGAUGCAGCUUCCCUUAGCGCGGUUUCACAGGCUCUGAUACCACGGCGGGAGAGUACGGUGCAAGGAUUUACUGAUCAGAUGGAGAGCAGUGCUAGUGAGUUACGUGAAAAGCUAGAGCCUCUUCGAACUGCUGCCAAAUAUGAAGCUGAGAACGUGGGCCAUGCUGUCAAUCAGGUCGCCUUGUACUGUGAACCGUUAGUCUCUGGAGCCAUUGGUGCUGCUUCAAACAUGGUCCACUCGAAACAACAAAUGGUGCUGUUGGAUCAAACGAAGACGGUCGCUGAGUCUGCUUUACAGCUCGUCUGUGUUACUAAGGAAUCUGGUGGCAAUCCUAAGGCUAUUAAACUGCACGCCGAAGUCGAUGAGACUGUGGAAUCAACGAAAGAUGCGCUGCAAGAGUUACAGAAUACUUUGGAGACUAUUUCUACUUCUAAUGGUAUUGUUACUGGGUUGAUUGAUACCAUUUCAAGGGCAAUGGUCAGGUUGGAAGAUCAUAGAAUGUCCACCAUAGAUACGGUUGAUUCUUACGUGGAUUACCAAACUAGAAUGGUAGAGGCUGCAAAGGAAAUUGCGCGACUGGCACAAGAAAUGUCAACAAAAUCUAGCACCGACGUAGCCAGGCUUGGUCCACUCGCAGUGGACAUCUCCCAUAAAUACACUCAGCUAGCCCGGGACACUUCUGGUGCUUCAGCGGCGGCAUCCAACGCCGACGUAUCGGCUAGACUGCGCACUGGUGUCCAAGAGCUAGGUCGAGCUUGCGCCGACAUCGUCCGCGCCGCAGGGACGUGUCAAAUGUCGCCCGGAGACGCUUACGCUCAAAGAGAAGUAGCAGAACACAGUAAGAACGUGACGGAGAAGGUGUCUCAGGUGCUGGCUGCCCUGCAAGCAGGUUCCAGAGGCACUCAAGCCUGCAUCAACGCAGCCAGCACUGUGUCGGGGAUCAUCGGUGACUUGGACACUACAAUCAUGUUUGCCACGGCAGGCACUUUGCACGCGGAAAAUGAAGGCGACACCUUCGCUGAUCACAGGGAGAACAUUUUAAAGACCGCUAAAGCUUUAGUAGAAGACACAAAGACACUGGUAGCGGGCGCAGCUUCAUCGCAAGAACAAUUGGCCGUAGCAGCGCAAAAUGCUGUGUCAACGAUCGUGCAACUCGCUGAAGUAGUCAAAUAUGGAGCUGCCAGUCUAGGAAGCCAGAAUCCUGAAGCCCAAGUGAUGCUUAUCAACGCAGUGAAGGAUGUUGCCUCCGCUCUUGGCGAUCUGAUUCACGCCACCAAGGCAGCGAGCGGGAAGCCCAUCAACGACCCAAGCAUGGCAAAGUUAAAGGACUCUGCCAAGGUGAUGGUAACGAACGUGACGUCUCUGCUAAAAACAGUGAAGGCUGUCGAAGACGAGCACACUCGGGGUACCAGGGCCCUAGAAUCAACGAUCGAGGCGAUCGCGCAGGAAAUCCGCGCGCUAAACACCCCAGAAACCCAGAAGAUGAACGUGACACCGGAAGAUCUAGUCCGUUGCACGAAGAGUAUCACCAUUUCGACGGGUAAAGCUGUCGCCGCUGGAAACAGCUGCAAGCAGGACGACAUAAUCGCUGCGGCGAACAUGGUGCGCAAGGCAAUCAGCGACAUGUUGACAAUCUGCAAAGGCGCAGCGUACAAUUGCGCGGAGACCGCUGAGCUUAGGGACAGGACAUUGCAAGCCGGCCACGAUGUGGCGAUGAAUUACAGGGAAUUACUGCAGGCGAUCCUUCAAAUUGCCUCCAGAUCAGGUGACGCUAAACACACUCUGGUACCAAUAUCGAGGAAAAUCGCCCAGAGCGUGACGGAACUGGUCGCCGUCGCUGAACUGUUGAAAGGUAACGACUGGGUGGACCCCGACGAUCCGACCGUCAUCGCGGAGAACGAAUUGCUAGGCGCCGCAGCCAGUAUUGACGCAGCUGCCAAGAAGCUGGCCAGCUUGAGACCGAGGAGAGGCAUUCAGGAGGCCAAUGAGGAUAUGAAUUUCGACGAGAUGAUCCUCGAAGCUGCUAAAUCGAUCGCGGCCGCAACAUCAGCCUUAAUCAAAGCGGCGAGUGCGGCGCAGAGAGAAUUGAUAGCAACGGGAAAAGUCUCUAGAACACCUUUAACCAGCUCAGACGACGGCCAGUGGUCCGAGGGAUUGAUAUCAGCCGCUAGGAUGGUUGCAGCUGCAACUCACAGUCUCGUGGAAUCAGCAAACGCGUUGGUACAGGGUGUAAGCUCUGAGGAGAAGUUGAUUUCUAGCGCAAAACAGGUCGCUAGCAGCACAGCUCAGUUGCUGGUAGCCUGCAAAGUGAAAGCAGACCCGGACAGUGAGAGCACGAAGCGUUUGCAAGCAGCUGGAAACGCCGUGAAGCGAGCUACUGACAACCUAGUGAAAGCUGCUCAGCAAGCUAUCCAGCAAGAAGAGGAUCGGUCCUUGGUCCUGAACCGCAGAAUGGUCGGUGGAAUUGCUCAAGAAAUAAACGCCAGGUCAGAAGUGUUGCGUAUCGAGCGAGAACUUGAAGAAGCCAGAGGUAGGUUGACUGCUAUCCGCCAGGCAAAAUAUAAGAACCGACCAGACUUAGCGGACACAGACACCGAAGCCGAGCAGAGUGGAUAUGAAAGCUACACAACCAAGUAUGAGACCAGGGCAUAUGAUCCUCAAACACAGAUGAACCACAACUUGGAUCAGUUGCAGUCGGCAACCCACAGCAUCAGUCAGCUUUCUAUGGACAGGCAAAAUUUGGUUAGCCCCGAGAAGGUUCACUCCACUCAGAGCACUCUGGAAAGGAAGAUGAAGGACAGUCAGUACCGGUCAACUAUGGAGAGCCAGUAUGGAUCAGUAGAAAAGAAGUACAAUGAGAACCAGUACGAUAGAAGGUACACACCUGAGAGUCCUUACUCCAUGGGUAAGAGGGUCAUCAGUGAGAGUAGUCCAGGGCAGUUCAGUUCUAUAGAGAGGAAGAUCAAUCAGGAGAGUUACAGCACCAUGGAGGGGAAACACAUGGACGGUCCUUACCCACCUGUGCCCACUAUGACAUACUCGCACGCGUCGCCUACGCGCAAGGUCCUCCAGGAUCAGAUGCAAGAACAACUACAGCAACAAACUUAUGAUAAAUAUUCCCAGGAUCAGUACUCCAAUGAAGAACGGUCAUAUGAACAGAAAUCAUACUCUCCAAGCCAAGAACAUAAGUAUUACACUGAUUCUGUGGACAGAUUCUCGGGGCAAAAUGCGUUGAGUACUUUCAGGUCAGAUAAGCAAUCAGACAGACAGCGUUACGCAUACCUAAGCAUACCCCAGAACCAGAGCGUCAAGAACGUCGAAACGAAAGUAAUCCCUGGCGGUAGAAUAGAAACCAUCACGACCAAAGUGUACACAUCUACGCCUGGCAAGACUUCCACCAGCUCUAAUUUUGAGUCCACUGAAGAGACUAAGGAGUACGCAACGUCUGGCAACGAAUUAUCCACGUUCAAAGCUGUUGACAAUGAUAGCCACGAGGAGCGCAUGAUGAAGCAGUCGAGAACGCGCAAGGUUACCGAGAAGAAGACCGUCACUAUGACCAUGUCCAGCAGGCAGGAGUCCAACACGAAGAUGUUCCGAUUCGAGGAGAAAUAAUUUGAAAAAGCAGCUUGAUUAGGGUUGUUCAGGUGGCAUUCUUUGCACUGGAAUAGUAUGGAGACCGCGUCAGUUUUAUCCUUUGACGUGUAAAUGAGCUGCUAGGCUUGCUAGAUUCUUUGCAAUGUUACGUACAAGAGAAAUCUAAUUAUUAUUAACACGUUUUUAUACGAUUACCUGCGGAAAUCCGACGAUAUCCAUUUAUUAAUCAACGACCGAAGAUGCAUUAUAAGGAAUUUGUUCAGCGUUUGAAGAUUCUUCACUGGUAUUCUUUUUUGCUGCUGUAGUAGACGAGAUUAAAUACCAGAAGACUUGACUGAACUGUUCUCACUGCAAUUGUAUUAAGCCAAAAUCUGUAAAAUUAGAGCAAGAAAUGACAGCGAAUAAUCUGAUUUCAUGCGCUCUGUUGUUGCGAAGACGUUUAGUCAACAGAUUUUCAAUGUUUCAUUGUCGAAUAUGCUAAAUGUGAACUGGGUAAAAUUGAAUUUUAUAAAUGAGGCUGUUUGUGCUUAGAGAACAUAAGCGAACCACCCAAGAAUUUAAAAUUUUCAAAACUUUUAAAUCGAUCAAGAUGUUAGACUAUACUCAAAAACAUUUAUGCCCAGAAUAUAAGAGGCUUAGUCAGGACAAAAUCAUUUGGCCACGUGAAGCCAAUCCUGCAAGAUAAGUCAUGCUGAAAUGACUUGGUUGUUGGGCCAAGAAGUCAAUUAAUUUUCUUCUAGUUUUGAAAAAAUUGAAAACGUCCUACUCUUGUUAACAAAAUAGUUAAUCUUUUUUACUAUUUUACAUGUUUUGUAAAAUGUUUUCGCUGAUAGACAAUCAAUUUUACAGAUUAAACAGAGACGAAUUACAUUUGUCAACGCUUUCACUAAAAAAAACGUUUAAAAAUUGAUUUGAUAUAAUGACAGAAAAAAUGAAUAACACGAAGAGCACUUCUUAGGCUCUUACCUGACUGCAACGGCUCGAAGGGUAGAAGUUUUGUGUUUAUUGAAACUUCACAAUAAGAUGUGAUGUGUCGUGCGUCAAUUAAAUUGAUACGUCCCAAGCAUGUUGUAACACGUUCGGCGCCUUCGUAUGAUAAUCUUCGUAACGAAACGAUAUAGAAGUGUCCUUAGAUAGUAAUAAUAUGUGCUUUCGAGAUUAGCCUUUCUAAGAGUUAAUUACCAGCCCGUUGCGAUGGACAAUAACCGUCCCCGAAUGCAAAUUCGAAGGAUCUUUCGUGCAUCGAAUUAUAUAAUACUUAUUCGAUACACUAAACAAGAUCAAGCCUUCCAUUGGUAAUUCAAUUUUUACACGAUAUGAAAACAACUGAAUGGUACUUGUAGAAAACACUGUAAGUGACAAGUGUCAAGCUAUUUCUUUACAAAAGGAAAACUGCACUUGAAUUGCCUCGGCAUUCUCGUCGACAUUUUGCUGAGAAAAAGAUAAAAUUUUCCAGUGAUAACGCCCUCAGUGUUUUCCACGAGAACUCUUCAACCAUGACAAUUUUUGGUAUUCCUUUUAUAUAAUUUGAUAUUGAAAUUUUUACACGAGAAUGUUUAUUAACAAAUUUUACGUAGAAAUUUAAACUGAACGCAUUAUUAUGAAUAACGAUGUUUCUACAGAGAAGCCAUCAUUGUCCGAAUCUUUUUCUAUAACCGUAGGAUUUUUUAUACUGUUUCUAAACGAGUAAAGGAGCUUUC